CGUUGUGCGAGUCACGGUCGGAGUCAACUUGAAAUAUUAGAGAGUGGGCGCCCAUCGACCACCUCACUUCUCACUUAACCAGCUCAUAGGGGUAUGAAGCCCCAACGAUCGAGCGCGGGUGAUUUCCGUCGUCUCGCCGCAGGAGUCAUACGAUUAUUUCGUACCAUUAAUAGAGCCCGAGGCGGUGCGCAGAUACAUAUCUGCAGCUUCUCUUGCCAUCUUACAGCGCCUUGUCGAGCUAGUCAAGAUGGCAACAAUCGCGACUCAGAAGCGAAUGAACCUGGAAAUGAAUGCGCUGCAGCUCAAGUCUGAUUGGCAUACACGACAGGUUGACAUACACGAAACUCAUUUAAUACCCUAAUCCAGUAGCACGUAGAUGAUCAUUGAGCGAAAAAGGUUAAGCGAUUUAGAAGGUGCACUAAGAAAGGCAGACGAACAGAUCGCACAUUUUCGCCUGUCUACGAAAAAUACGGCUGUCGAUUUAUUGAAUCAACACAGAUUUACCUUGAGGCCAGCCAAAGCUCGAACAGAUGGUAUUGAUCCUUCGAAGCUGGCGGAGAUUUCCAGGAAAAAAUUGAUAUCUUCGUUUGAGCAUCGCCUGAAUCAUAUGCACAUAAGGCUGUCGCAAUCAGAGAACUACAAUGAAAAGCUCAGGUUGCAGAUAAACUCCGUGCGGAGACAUCGAAUGUCGUCCGGUAAAUCUCGCGCCAAAAUUGAGCAAUCGAUCCGAGAGGUCAAUUGUCGCGUCGAGAAGGUGUUAGAACGAAGCUAUGCGAUAUCUGAAACGCGCGACAAGGUUGUCAAGCAAUUACGCGAGCUACAUCAAUCACAGGCAGAAGAUAGGGCAACUUUCUCAAAGAAAAUGAAAUCUUUGUCUGAAUUUAUUGACCAGCAAAACCGCGAGUUUGAAGAGUCUAUGGCGGCAGCAGCAGCAUCAUCAGUGACGCACAACAAUGGCCUAGGAGAGGAACCUUUAACGCGGGGGUUGAUGACGAUCGAAGAGGAGACAAAGAAGGCAGGUUUGGUCGAAGAGCUCGCGAAGCAGAUCGCAAACGAAAAAGAAGUCAUGCAACACACCAAAGAUAAAAUAUUUCUCUACCGAACUUCGUUCGCUGAGCUUAAGCGUGUUAGUGGAAUCAAUGCGCUCGGGGACAUUGUCCGCAAGUACGUUAAAUCAGAGGAAGAAGCGUUUUCGCUUUUUAACUAUGUCCAGGCUCAGAAUCAGGAGACCGACUGGACUCUUAAACGUCGUGCAAGAUUAGAAGCAGAGAUAUGCACAUAUGAAGAUAAAUUAAGUGAAGAGGAGACGCAGCGCGCAGAUGCGAUGGCCGAUUUACAGGGUAAGUGGCGAAGCGCAAAAGAAAAUGCAGAUGAGUGCAAAUACGCUGCGCUAGAGGCACAGCAAGCCCUCGAGCAGAUUGCAAGAAAGAUUCAGUCAUUUUUUUUCAAAAUACAGUGUGAUCAGCUUGUUGCUCUUGCACAUGACGCCAGUGGAAAUAAAGGUGGACAAAGAGUCAUUUUCAAUCGGUCGGGUGGAAGUCUUGCUCUUCUUUCUGGCCAAGGAGUCACCAAAUCUAAUAUCUUGGCUUACGCUGAGCUAAUCGAACAGCGCGCGCUUGAAAUUAUGUCAGACUUCAACCGUCGUAUCAGUAGCCGAGAAAAAUGCGCCUCAGGACAUACCUUGGAGCCCAGUCGUAGCCUGACGACGGCAACCAGUCAAGACUACAUGUAUCCACCUGACAUGGAAGAGGAUGAUAACGAGUCGGCAAAAGAUGUCAACCGCCGACCUGUCGGCUUAGAGGAAAUACGCCGCCACACAGCGGCAAGAAUAUCCCAAAAGCGGUAAUACAGGAGAGAUAAAAUGGCCUUGGCAUGUGUAUAUAGUGAUUGCUUGAUAUUGGGAUUGUGUGUCUGUUCCAAGUUUUGCAGAUCACAUGCAAAUCGCACAUUAGCCGACGUGGUAUGAGAGCAACACAACAAAACCCUUGCAGACCUCCGGCUAACCCUAUCAAUCAUGAUCGGUGCCCUAGACCCUCUAUUUUGUCUUUUUCCUAACUUGAAUGAAAUCAUGA